UCUGAUGAAGACCUGUGUUAUAGCAAUGGUAGAUGGUAGUGAUGGCAAAACAAAAGCAUGUUUACUCGGCUCAAGGGCCCACAGCAGGGGUUUAUUGAAAGAAGCAGAUAAACUGUAACCACACUGACUCACUGUUUUCAUAAUUCAGAUCAAUACAUUCUAAUCAAUACAUUUUUAUGAUAAUACUUCACCUUAGUUAGUACUCAUGUCUGCCUCUGUUCAUAUGACUUUAUUAUGCCCCCUUAGUCUUUCUCCUGUUUCUUUUUCUCAGAGGAGCUUAUACAGCUUAAAACAGCCUGGACUUUCACAUGACUGCCCUGUCACUGAUUUCCACUAAAUCGAUUUUUCUGCAAUAAUGCAUUUUCAAAAAUACAAAACAGUCUGCAUGAAAUUGCUUAAAACGUAAAAUGUGCAGCGAGAUUUGCGUCAGAUUUGGCAAAUCCUGACGUCAGGGAGACAAUUUUGAAGCGAUUUAACACACAACAUUUUCCGAUAAAACACUCCACAGGCCUACUGUUGCAUGAGAGGACUGUGGUGAGCUGUAACACCUGUUUAAACAGGGCCUUUAACGUUAACUGCCGCCCUCCCCCCGUUCGUGGCCUGUUUUGAAACCGGAGUGGUGAGUCACUCCUCUCUCGGUUUAGAAAAACAGAUCCGGCCAGGCUGGGGCCCGGCGGGGGGAUGGGAGGCCGGCGGUGGAUGAACACCGGAGGUGGACGCAGCUGGACUCCCACUCCUAAGGACCCCACAUCCUGACAACGGCCCGCCGUGUUCCCAUAGAGACCGGGGCUGAUCUGGGGGAGGAAAAAAACACCGACAGAGUGAAUUGAUAUGCGUAUUUUUGCAGCUUAGUGGUCGUGGGUGCAGCUAAUCGAUUGGUCAUGUUCUUUAAAAAGAGAACCAAGAGUGCAGAGCUUCUCGUUUCCUAAUUCCAAAAUGUACCGUAAAUCUGAUGUGAGUAGCCUACUUUGUUGCCUCAAAAGUGGGACCAAGGCAGGAUGGGCCCAUUUGAAGCGCGAAUGUUUAUUUAGGGACUGUUCUGUAUUUAUCAGAGGGGGUGAUGGAAGUGUUCGUUGCACAUAAUGUGUCCAAGGACCGUCAGAAAUUCUAAAAUGCAAUAAUAGUUUCUGGUUUUGCAGUUUCUUGCCUUGAUAAAUGGUGUGAUUCUUGCGAUUUGUAAAGUAAAACAAUACCCUCCAAACUGCCAUACAGCCAUUUGAAGUUGUGUGCCCCUCCCCUAAGCCAUAAUAAUAAUAAAGAAACAACAACAAACACAUACGUAGGCUAAGUCCUUCCCCAAUGCUUAGAAAUAUAUUUGACAUCACUCCCCCUUUUUGCACCAAGGGGUAAUAAAGAACAGUCCCUUAAGUGCUAUUCAAGUAAAAAUGAUGAGCAGCAAGAAAUUGUUUUGUUUUGUAAAGGUGUACCAUAAUUGGUGUUAAAAUCUAAACGAAGAAAAGCAAGCCUACUCAGACUUGGACAUUUUAUAAAUAAAAUAGAUACAGGCAUUAUUAUUGAUAAAUAAGCUAAUACAUUUUUUUAAACUCUCAAAUGGCUUUACCAUACUCUACAUCAGGGUCUCCAGCAGGAAUUCAGAGAGGUAGGAUGCUUCUCUUACCAAAAUCCCACUCUACCCCCCACCCUUUUUCCCGCCAAAAAGCCUUGGGGGUUCGAAUUCUGCCCUUUUCUGGUAGAAUCAAUGUCUCCAUGACAACCGUUGCCCUAGACAACAGAGAUGCUCGGGGUGCUGCCGCAACAACAGAGUGCCAUGCGCAAUGCGGCAGCACGUACCAGUCGUGUAUCCAGCCCAGAAAAGAGUCAUUUUGAACUGUAGACCGAAAGCGUGUAUGUAGUACACAGAAAGUGGCUUCAUUACAUGAAACAAGGCACAACGUAGCAUUUUUAAAGUACAAUGGCUGCAACAACAUGCAUGACACUUGCCAACAUUGUAGUUUACACAUUAACCGCUAGGUGGGGGCGUCGUAUCCUAAAUAAAUCCAAGUCUACAAGGAACCAGAAAAUAAAUUAAAAAAAAGUUAAAUAUUUGUUCCCAGAAACAAAAAUCAAAAAAGUCAACGCUUUGUAUAAUACCUUGUCGCUGCUUCGUCUACGGAAAGAUCAACGUUACACGUUGCGUUAAAGCCUAAAGCCCCGCCCCACCGACCCUACUCCUGUACCGGAAAUGAUGUCGAUAAAGUUUUGAAUUGAAACGUCGCCAGAUGCUGGAAAGAUGGCGGCCCCGGCAGCAGACGAAACGAUGCACGGAGUUCCUCCCUCACUGUCUGCCAGUGUGGUUGGGUCAUUUGCCUAUUUGACUGUGAGAGACAGAUUGCCAACCAUCCUGACAAAAGUUAUAGACACAAUACAUCGCAACAAAAACAAGUUUUUUGAAGAAUAUGGACAGGAAGGCAUCCAGGCAGAGAAGCAAACAAUUGCUCUUUUGUCUAAGAUGAGGAAUGAGCUGCAAACUGAUAAGCAAGUUUUGGAACUAACAGACAGCCUGCAAGACACAGAGCACUGGAAUGAGUACCUAAAGAGACAACAGAAACUGCAAGGAGAGCAGGAGUCUGUCAGCUGGUUCAAGUCUCCUUGGCUUUAUGUGGAGUGCUAUAUGUACCGUAGGAUACAGGAGGCCCUCUGGCUCAAUCCUCCCAUCAGUGACUUUGACGUCUUUAAUGAGGGAAAGACUCAGAGCUUUUUUGAGUCUCAGCAGGCUGUGAUGGCCUUAUGCACAUACUUGGAGGACAUCAACAAGAACUUGAUGGAACUCUCCAAGAAUCAGAUGUUUGAACAUUUUAACAAAUUGCUACAGGUUUCUCUAUGGGGGAACAAAUGUGAUCUGUCUAUCUCUGCUGGCCAAGAAAACUCACAGAAGACCAGUCCAUUAGAUUCCCUCAACAACCUACAACCCUUCAUCUUGGUGAAGGACUCUGACAUGGUAUGGUCAACUCUCAUUUCUGCUCAGGGGACAGGCCAGACAGAGAAAACCACUGCAGUCAGAGUGGACAUUGUUCUCGAUAAUGCUGGCUUUGAGUUAGUCACUGACUUGGUUUUAGCAGAUUUCCUGGUUUCCUCCGGCCUCGUCCAUGAGGUCCAUUUUCACGGCAAGUCCAUCCCGUGGUUUGUCUCUGAUGUCACAGCUAAAGAUUUUCAGUGGACCAUCCGGCAGACCAUGGCAGCCAAUCACAAAGCGAUGUCAAAGAGUGGUGUCAAGUGGAAUAGCCACCUGAAGGAGGGUGUGUGGUCCUAUCACGAUCAUCCUUUCUGGACACAGCCCCAUGAGUUCUGUGACAUGGCAGCAGAUGCUCCUGACCUGUAUGCGACCCUGCAGGGGGCAGACCUGGUGCUGUUUAAAGGUGAUCUCAAUUACAGAAAGCUGACAGGGGACAGGGAGUGGGAUCACACAGUGGGCUUCGAUACUGCGCUACGAGGUUUUGGGCCUGCGCCGCUGUGUAGCCUGAGGACUCUCAAGGCCAACAUUCAGGUCGGUAUGCAGCCGGGCCAAGCUGAGAAGCUCGCCUCCCGAGAUCCAGACUGGAUGACCAGCGGCAAAUACGCUGUUAUUCAGUUCCACAGCUCAAAGUCAGAACAGAAAGACUCGGGAUCUCACUGAGAAGACGUGGAAACAUAGGAACAAUACAGGAAGAAGUUCCAUGAAGAGAAGUUACCUUUAAGCCAUAAGACCACAAAUUUACAUAAGGUUAUUCAUGCUGUCUUUGCUCAUCAUUGUCAGCUCGCACUUCAUCAUGUUUGAUACAGAAACGUACAGUAACAGACGUAGUUAAUGGUUACUUUCACAACAUAUUUGUACCAUGUCAUACUUGACAUGUUAGCACUUUAAGAUCUCAAUGUUUCCCCAUGAUUUGAACACAGUUGUUUAUGGUGACAAAUUUAUCUCUAACAUCAAGCUCGAUUUUUUUUUCUCAAAAAAGCUUAUGUAUAGUGCACAAUUGUAUCAAGUCAUAGUGUUUACAGGGUAAUAAAGAUGCUGUUAACAAUUUUUGAGUAAGACCUGCGCUUUUUAAAUCUCAGUCUUAGAUAGGGCUGGCUAUCGUUUCCAGCACCACUACCAGUACCCAUAAAAUGACAAAGAUAGAUACCAAUAGAGUACUGUAUGUGCGACCUUGCUUUUCCUGCUUCAUUCAGUACACGUCGUGUGAAUGGAGUAGUGUGUAAUAUAACCAUUCUUUACAACUGCCCACUCCAUAAAAUACAAACUACUGCAGGAGUGUGAUCUCCACAAUGGGGACAGUUAGUAAGAAUCUGCUCACAUUACUUAAUGGUUAUUAACAGGUUUAAUGUCAGAUUUGAAUUGUUUCAGUGUUAGUGUGAGUUUGUUUGACUGUCGAAUAGCGUUGAAAUCUCAGCCUCUGCUACUAAGUUAGCUUGAGCGAACCUGUUGCACUUGAUGUUUUUGAGCGGAAGAGCGAGUCCAGAGCAGCAAAAAAAUGUUUGCUAAUCAGACCCCCAGAGCAAAAAACAAUCAAAUGCAGGUAUCACUUUAUUUAAUAAGUUUCAAUACUCAUUGGUACUGACAUAUUUAGGUACUAGAGCAACAGUACUUUACUUUUUGCAUGCAGGAGAUUGAUGAUUAAUGUAAUAUGUAAAAUGCUUUUUUUUUAAUCCAGCUCAGCUCAGGUUAUUCUACUUUUGCACUCAGUGUCUUUGACGUGCAUGCAUCAAAGCAUACGGACAGCCAUUUAAAUUCACCUAAUGCAGAUUAUAACAUCAAUUGAUAGCUGUUUUGCUUAGUGUGAAAGAUGGUAGACUGUUACUGAGGCAAUUUAACAAUAACAGUGAAGACGUGUGCUCGUGUAGGUUAAAAUGGUAUCCCAGACUUUUCUAUCUUCAUAGAUAAAAGUAGAUUCCUUUGAACACUGUUAUGUCAUCUAAAUUCUCAGUGCUAGUACCUCUGAGGUGAUGUUAACUGGAUACUUCUUAGUGCUGCUGGAUGAAAUGAUAUCAUUUUCAUUAUUGGGUUAAUUUGAUUUAAUAAAGAACUGCACUGAC